CACAGCCUCAGCAUGUCGGAGACCGCUCCUGCCGCUCCCGCCGCCGCCCCCCCGGUGGAGAAGACCCCGGUGAAGAAGAAGACGGCCAAAAAGCCCGCAGGGGCGCGCCGCAAGGCGUCAGGCCCCCCGGUGUCGGAGCUGAUCAUCAAGGCCGUCGCCGCGUCCAAGGAGCGCAGCGGCGUGUCCCUGGCGGCGCUCAAGAAGGCGCUGGCGGCCGCCGGCUACGACGUGGAGAAGAACAACAGCCGCAUCAAGCUGGGCCUCAAGAGCCUGGUGAGCAAGGGCAUCCUGGUGCAGACCAAGGGCACCGGCGCCUCGGGCUCCUUCAAGCUCAACAAGAAGGCGGCCUCCGGCGAGGCCAAGCCCAAGACCAAGAAGGCGGGCGCGGCCAAGCCCAAGAAGGCGGCCGGGGCGGCCAAGAAGCCCAAGAAGGCCGCGGGGGCCAGCGCCCCCAAGAAGAGCGCCAAGAAGACCCCCAAGAAGGCGAAGAAGCCCGCGGCGGCGGCUGUCGCCAAGAAAGUGGCCAAGAGCCCGAAGAAGGCUAAGGCUGCCAAGCCCAAGAAGGCGGCCAAGAGCACAGCCAAGGCCGUGAAGCCCAAGACUGCCAAGCCCAAGGUUGCCAAGCCCAAGAAGGCUGCGCCCAAAAAGAAAUAUUUUGUCAUCUUUCUACUGUUGAAAUGGCAACCUAUGAGAUUUGAGAUUCCUCGAGUACCAGAAUCCCAUACGGGCACACUGAAGAAGAUACCCAGUUCUGGAAGAGAUCUAUGCCUAUGUGAAUUAACAACCUCUAGAACAAUGCUGGGUAUAGCCACAGAAAGAAAGAAAGAAAAAAAAAAAACAGUGCACCUUUCGUCUGAUUACAUGGGGAUUCCGAUGAACACAUUUGGAUUUAGCAACUGCAGCGGCAGUAAAGGUGUAUAGUAUGGAUGAAUCAAGAUUUGAAACGUAUAGAGCUGAAAGCUAGUGCAUGAAGAAUCCUUCCAAAUUUUACAACUCUCAUAUGAAAGAAGAUUGACCAACGAGUUCCCAGAUUUGAACACAGUCUUAAAAAUGACACUACCAGUAGUGUGUUUGGAAGCUGAAACUCAGUUCUAAGUUAUCAAGAGUACAAAACAAAUUGCGAUCAAUUUACCUGGGAGGAAAUACUGAAUUCUCUUCCCACUGUAUAUAUAGGAAAUAUUUGUACAUAUAUAUGUGUAUAUACAUAUACAUAAAUAUACGUGUGUGUGUGUGUGUGUGUGUGUGUAUUUUGGUGGGCAGCAAAACAAGAUUUAUUGAGCAAUAGCGCAAAGUUUCCAAGGAGGGAGGCAACCCAAGAGGGUUGCCCUCAAAUAAUUUUCAAGCGAAAAUGGAAUCAGAGUAUGCCAUC